GCUGGUGGAGGAGCUCACCACGUCGGGGGAGCCGCAGCUGGAGCCCGGCAGGAUGAAGGAGCUGAAGAAGAUCUGCAAGUCGUCGUCGGAGCACAUCGGCCACGCGUAUCACCUGCUGCUGACGCGGCUCCGCGAGGAGCACGCCGAGAUGCGCUUCUCCGCCUUCCAGGUGCUGCAGGAGCUGUUCGCCAGGUCCCACCACUUCAGGACGCUGCUCAUCUCCAACUUCCAGGAGUUCCUGGAGCUCACCGUGGGCAUCGACCACGAGCAGCCGCUGCCCCCGCCCAAGGAGGUGGCGCAGAAGCUGAGGAAAGCGGCCAUCAAGGCGGUGCAGGACUGGCACGAGAAAUACGGGGAGGCCUACAAGCAGCUCUCCCUGGGAUACCACUUCCUAAAGCAGAACAAGAAGGUGGAUUUUCAGGAUGUGCAUGCCAGAACUGUGGCUGAGAGGAGGAGGGAGGAGGAGAAGCAGAAACGACUGGAGAACAUUUACAAAGAAAAAGUCAAAAGAACUGAAAAAGAAAUGGAAGAAAUGUCCCAAGAGAUUGCUGACACACUGACAGAGAUGGAGAACUGUUUCCAGCUGCUGAUGCCAGAUCCUCUCAAUUUUGGGAUGAACGAGGUUGACCCGGAGCUCAGCAAACCAACCCCUGCUAAUGAGGCUGGGCCUGCCUGCCCCUCAUCCUCGCAGGGGGAAGGGACCCCAUCCUCGUUGGGGUGUGUGGAUGAGGAGCAGCCCUGCUGCAGCAAGGACAUCCUGCCCGCUCCCCAGUGUGGUACAGCUGCUGGGAACAAGGAGCCAGACAAGCAGGCUGAGCAAGAGGGGCUGGAUGGAGGCACACGCUCAGAUGUUCCAUUCAGUGGCCCUGAUCUCCAUGAUGAUGAUGAUGAUGAUGAUUACCAGACUUUUGUUAGGAACCAUGGGCUUAUUUCACAUAAAUAUGCUCUAGACCUUGAAAUCUCCACAGAUAUAAAAGUGCAAGAGAAUGAAGAUAAUACUGCCAUCAUAAACAGUGUCAUGGAUGCUCACAAACUUCUCAGAAAUAAGUUCUGGCCUUCUGUGCAGUCCUGGAUUCAGCUGCUUACCAGAGCAGGAGUCAAUGAUGAUCAGCUAAGACGUGCCAUUGAAAUCAAGAAUAAAAUGGAGACUGCUAUGAAGAAAUACAAGGAAAUGGACAUUUCCUUUAAAGCAAGAACAAAAAAAGUGAUGAAAGCCUCGGAUGAUGAUGAUGAGGAUGAUGAGGAUGAAGAUGAGUUUGUGGAGGUCCCUGAGAAGGAAGGUUAUGAGCCCCACAUUCCAGACCACCUGCGGAAGGAAUAUGGACUUGAGCCCCAGUCCCCUCCAAGAGCCCCAGUGGUGAAGGCACCAGCAGGAGCAGCUCCGCUGAGCUCCCACACUCGGCUCAAAGGGAACGAGGAUGAGCUCGACCCAACCUGCGCGGCUGCCACCCUGAAACUCCUCAGGGACAAACUGCCAAAGCUGCCAUCUCCUCGUGCCAGUGAAUCUGCAACUUCUGAGACAGCAAACUUGGAAGAUCCUGACAGUAAAAGAAGGAAACUAGAAGAAAGAGCUAAAGCUCCCCUCAUGCCUUUUGGACUAGAUCUUCACUAUUGGGGAGAGGAUCAGCCAGGUGCUGGGAAGAUUCUCAAAUUUACCUCUGAGCAUCGAUUUUGGGCACCCAGUGAGGUAGAGGAAGAGGUGGAAAAUAAAGAAAUAACAGAAAUGUUAAAAACCAGGUAUAUAACAUUUGCUGGCAAGUUUGAGCCAGUGAAACAUAAAUGUCGAGCUCCCAUGCCUGAUGGAAGUCUGUGUGAAAGACAGGAUCGGAUCAAGUGCCCUUUCCAUGGAAAGAUAAUUCCUCGGGAUGACUCUGGGGUUCCUGUAAAUGCAGAGGACAGAGCCAGAGAAGAAAAGAUGAAGUUUGAGAAGCAAGCAGCCCAGCCAGAGUGGAGAGAUCCAGAGUUCAUGAGAGAAGUUGAAGCUGCUACAGGACUGGAUCUUGGUUCCUCUAAAAGUAACGGAAAAGGACAGAAAAAGAAAGGGAAGAAGCAAAAAUAUCCAAAUCUGACAGACCUGAAGCAGCAGGCUAACACGUCUCGUUCCCGGCUUGAGAAGAAAGUCUUCAAUAAAGGGGCCAUGAAACGGGUCAUGAAAGCCAUGAACCGGGUGGACCAAAGGAAGCACGAGAAGUUUGCCAACCAGUUCAACUAUGCACUGAAUUAAAUUCUCAAUCACCUCUGCCCUUCUUUAUUACAAGAGUGCAAUGCAAAACCCUUAAUCAAAGAUAUUUGUAUUGUCACUACAAUACUGUGCUAGGCACGUUUUUACAGGUGUCAUUUUUCAAUUGUUUCCAAGUUUAACUUAUUUGAUAAUGAAUAUUAAUUUUGGAAAAGAUGUGGUGGUGUGGAAUUGAAUGCAUUUAAAAAGUUGAUAAUUAUUUGAAAUAUGCAUGAAAUAGAGAUGUUUUGUGACUUGUACAUAAUUUGGGUAAACUGUUCAUGUUUUGGGACUUGGUUCUUUUCCUUCCUAAGGGACUUAUGUAAUUUAUACUUCCUUUGACAGUACGUGUGUUUAAUUUUCCACUUUCAGGCCUUCAGGGAAAAAGAUACUUUAAAAGCAAUUUGAUUGCUGCCAGGGAUGGCAAUGCACAGAGCAUUUCUCAGCCUUCUGUACAAACUGAGCCACACAAGCAGCACAGCAGCUCCUGCCCCACCUCUACAAACACCUUGGUGCACAGUAAAAAAAUCCAAAUCAUUUGAUGCCUUCAGAUGAUAAAUGGAGCAGUGGCCAGUUGUGCUCUUGGAACUUUUCAUACAGAUUUCUGGGUAAAAAGAAUCCAGAGAAUCAGGAGGGUUGUGUUUGAAAAUCAAUUUCAAAGUGACCUGCAGAAGUCUCUAAUAAAGUGCUCAUUAUAGAAUAGAAUAGAUUCUCUAUAGCACAGGCUUAGUUACUCACCUGUUGGAGGUGUUUCCUCAUGUGUAAGGAGACUCUAAGAAUUAAAAACUGGGAAAAUUUUAACAACUCAGUGUAACUUCUGACCACCUCAGAGAAAAGCUAAUUUACAGUUCUGCCAAAUACUUUCUGAUUUGCACAGGUAUUGCAUAGAAAACAAUUUAUGCUGACUUUUGAUAAUUUUUCUUGCAAGAGCUCUGUAAUUUGGAAGACAUAUUUUGUUCUUCAACACAGGUUGAUAUAUUUCUGAAAUACUGAAACUAAAACAAUAAAGAGGCAGAAUUUCAAGUAAUAUCUACUGACUGCACUGGAAAGUUAAGCCACUUCUAGUGUCAGUCUUGCUAAUGUGGUAGUAAAGAUUUCAGGUGAAAAUGUGGAUAAGGACAAAUCAAGUUCAUCACCAAGUCAGUGGAAUCAGCUGCUAAACUGAUUUGAUUCCAUACUAAGGAUGAAGCCACACACACAAAAUAGAAAACAUACCCAAAAUAUAAAACACACAAACCCAGCAGCUCCACCACCUCACACGUUAGAAUGUGAUGGUAACCAUUGAGUGCUGGGAUUCCCAGACAGUCCAAACUUCACUGACACUUGGUGAUAAACCUUCAAAGAGCCACCAAGGUCAUUGUGCCAAUAUUCCAGAGAUUCUUGAGCCUGCAAAGGCUGAAGGUGUUAAUUAUAAAACAUGUUUUCUCCCUGUAAGAAGAAUAGGAAAUUUAUAUUGUGCAGUGACUCUUAGCCCUCCUUUGCUGGAGCCAUGAAACGUCAGCACUGCAAAGUCCCCACUUGACCCCAUGGAGUUCCCAUUGGGAGCCUUUAAUAAAGGUCCCAAAGACCAAGAUUGGGAAUGGAAAUGGCAGAAAUCUGAGGGGGAAUAAAAAAAGAAAAGUGUGGUCAGUCAGUUAAGUUCCACUGUGAGCAGCCUGGUCUGAUGGAAGGUGUCCCUGCCUCUGGCAGAAGGGCUAUGGAAGGGGAAAUAGGUGAUCUUUGAGGUCCCUCCUAACCCAAACCAUGCUGUGGUUCUAAUGAUGCUACUCAGCCACAUCAGUUCUACAAUUACCAAUUAAAACUUCCUGUCUGAACCCAGUUGGCCAAUCUGGCAGUUAAACCUGAUCUGUGUGCUUUCUCCCUGUAUUAAAAGCAUGCUUGGGAAAAAAAAAAAAAAAAAGAAAAAAGAAAAUAAAAGGUCUUCCUGGGGUGCUCUUUCAUGCAGAAAGAGAAUUUUCAAAGUUAAGGUUCCCUGGCAGGUGGCUCAGAAAUGGCCAGCUCAGACAGAGGUGCCUGACUUUGGGACAGGUUGAUGGCCAGUGCUGACUUCUUUUAAAGCUCUUCUGGUGUUUUUCCUCUGCAUCUUUUUCUUCAUUUAUUGCCUUGAGGCAAGACGAACCAUUGACCCUUCAUAGGAAAACGUAGAUUGCACAUCCCCUGUAGCACUUCUUUAUGUUCCCAUGGUCCGGUGUGGGACAAACCCUUCCCUUAACCCUUGUUAAUUACUGACACUUUUAAUCCAGUUAUUUCUCUGCAAGAGCCACUCAGCAGGUAUACACGCAGCAGGUCUUGGAUGUUGUCUUGUUAAACCUGGUCAGACAUAAUUCAGAGAUUUUGGGGGAGCUUUCUCCUUUUCCUGAGUUUAUCUGUAGCUGUGCUGGAAGAAGAAAUUUAAGAAGGCAUCUCUCUCCAAAGAUCCAGCAUACCUCCACUAAAUAAAAAUGCUUUUAUGUUCAAAAAUUCAAAAUAGGUGAAUCUGCUUUUUUGAAAUACCACACUUUUUGUGUGCCAGUUUACAAAUUUGCGGUCCUGGGCUCACUGGUUCAAAUGUUGCUCUACUGUCCCUGUAACAUUUGUACUGAAACUUUUCUAUUCCUGUGCUCAGGGCUUCUGGGGAAAAAAAGAAUAAAUACGAGUAUAAUUCUGAUAA